GGGCAGUUCAGUUGCCUCCCAAUCGCCCGCUCUCGCUGUCGUGUGUUCUCGAUCGCAGAAAUCGAAACCGAAUUAACUUAAAGCCUCUUGAUCCGAUAGGAAAAUCCCAGCGCGCGCUAUAAGACUCAAUUGCAGAUCGGUGGCAUACAGUUUCAGGUCCAUAAAAGCGCAGGGCCCCGCAAUUUUCGUGUCACUCCAAGCCGACGCACAGAACCGAAAAGUCCAAGAUCAAGCCAUCUGGGAAUAACCAACUUGGAUAACGGAAGCCUUAAUCAGUGCCCAAUAAUACAAAACAAAAUCGAGACAUUUCACCAGCGACCUGCCAAAAACGGUUCCAUUAAAGUGGCGAGAGAGCGAAACUAAAGUGAAAAGCAAACCGACUAAUUGAAGUGUCUGCCUGAGUCUCGCAAACGUGCAAAGGAAACAAAUAAAACGGAAUAGACAGCAUAUCACAAAGAGCCACAAAAUAUUUAUAAAUAAAUAUCCACUGUUGACAACUACGGCAACGGAAACAGUAACCGCUACCAAUAUAAAAGCCCGGCAUUAACAUUUAGUCGUGUCAGUUUGUUUAUUUUUUAUAUACACAAAGCCCAUAAAAAAGAUCAACAACAACGGUGAUAUAAAAACAAAGUGGUAGAAAUAAGAAAAUUGGUAUAAGCCGCUAACGAUCCGCCAAUCUCCUUCUGUAUAAUAACAUUAAUCCACGACGCAGACGGUCGCCGUCAUAGAAUAUAUAUAGUUAUAUACAAAUUUGAUUACCUCGACAUCGGACACGAUGACACCUAUGUGGCAAACGUUAUUAAAAAUCAUGGUGCUGAUCUUCGCCUUGAUCACUGCGAUAGUUUUAAUCAGUUGCGAAAUGUCGAAGCGACACCUUGCCGAAACGUCGGCAAAUAACGCAGCAUCGGAAGUGACAAUGUUAAGGUUAAUUUUACGUGAGAUGGAUUCCCAGAAGCACGGGGCCGAUCAAAUUGAAGAAAGCAUCAGAAAAACCUUUGUAGUGAGUGAUGAUCCGGGUCUUACCGUUUGGAAUACAACGACUGCUGACAGUGCACCCUUCAUGCCCAUACCCACAAAGCCUGGCGAUCCGCCCCAGAAUCAGUCCCCGAUCCCCGAACCGAAACACCAUUACCAUCAGUAUCACAGCCUGAGCCAGCCAGAUCAAUACUUCAAAGGGACAAAACCGGAAACAGUGCAAGCGGACCAGCCCGCCCAGCACCGACGACCCUCGGACACCAUUGUCUUCCCCGAUUCCUCAGGCAAGUAUUGGCCGCCUUCAAAGCCUCUGGAAAAUGCGACCGCUACCGCUGGCCACCGGCCCUGUGGAAAGGAUAGCAACGAAGAGGUCAAGUCCUUUUGCAGUCAGGUGGACAACUAUCCGGACCUGACCGCCCUGAAAACGAAGCUGGAGACCAAGUUUGCCAAGUUUUUCCUCGACGACCUCCAGCCUACUGACGUGAGUGCACGCGUGGGAUCCACCAAUGAGGAGGAGUAUCUCUGCAAAUCCAGCCGGAGAAUUAUGUACCCGAAAAAGGGCUUAAGGGCCGACAACACCUGGCAGUUGAUCGUCAAUAACGAGGAGUUCAAGCAGGGCAUUCAGUUCGAGGAGUGCGAAGGAGCCGAUCUACCCUGCGAUUACGCCUCCAACUUUGCUAAUAAUUACAAGCCCAUUUGCAGGCAGCACUAUGUGCUGCAAAAUCUAGCCAGCAUUGAGAACGAGGGCAAACUGGACGUGGUGCAGCAGGCAUUUAAGAUCCCUUCCUGCUGCAAGUGUGCCCUUCUGAAACUUAUUUGAGCAUCAAGUUUCGCCCACCACAGAAUUGCAGGCCAAACUGUCCAGGGGUCGUUGUUUCAUAUUAUAAUCUGUACUUUUGUAGUUCUUCCACGCACACAAAAUACAAUUAUAAUCUGCUCGUGAAUGCAGAAUCCACGCUUAGACUUAUGUGCAUAAUAAUAUAGAAUUUUAAAUCAACUCACUGUAAACAUAUUUGUGUCAUAUAUCCGUUUUUGGCUUCCUCGUUUGAUGUGUAAGCUAGAAGUGCAUGCUAGAAUAUAAUACAAAAAAAAAGGACAAAAAAUACCAUCUAAAAAUGUAUGUUAAAAAUGAGAUAAUGUAUAAUAAAUGAAUGCAAGUACAUGCCAGCAAAGUAAA